AACAUUAGAAAAGUUUUCGCGGGAGUGGAUGUCAUGCAAUCCAAGUCGUGUUGAAAGAGGCUUAAAUUUGCUGUUAAGGUAUAUUAUUCCACCAGGCCGAGGUCCAGAGCAAGUAGAUUUUAUGUCAGGUUACAAACAACACAGAGGAACUUUCUUAGAUCUUAAUUAAAUAGCCAUAGUCCUUAAUUUGCAUCACAUCAGUUAAAGCAAGAUGGAAGUUGCUGGCUCGCAACAUUGGAGACAGAAGGGAAAUGGUUUAUAUGCAUCUAUCAAAGAUGGUCUCAGUCCAGUAUUGAAGCGAGACAGACUACAGCAAGCUGCUAACUGUUACUACAAAGCCCUUAGCACGGGGAUCACGGAGGAUGACAAAAUGUCUGCUUCAAAAAACCUUGCCAUGACAGCAUGGCGCCGGGCCCAGGUGGAAGAAAUCUCUUCCGGAACAUUCACGACGGCUGUAUUCUAUUACAAAGAGGCCUUCAAGUACUUUUCCACUGCAGUGAGUCAAGGACAAGGUGUGAAACCAAACAUAUGGAUAGAUGAUGUUAAGUCUUCAGCAAAAGUCUGCUGGGAAGGACUCAAAUCUGGUAAAUGUAGCGAGAUGGACAUUGAUGAUCGAAUCAAUGUUUAUUACGAUGUUGUUCAGGAAAUCAAGAUCAGUAACAUUCGGGGUGGAUGUUUUCUUGAUAUCGCACAAUGCCAUUUCCAUAUAGGGGUGACAGCUGUGGAGAAGGGGAGCUUUGAGCGUGCAUUAUCAGAGAUGAGAAACUGUCAUAUGCCAUUACACGAAGCUGUUGCAAGUGGAAAAGGGGAGGUAACCAUUGAAAGAGAGGUAAAAAUCUUGGAGGUUGAUGUCUUUAUGCACCAGUGUAUGGCUGAAUCGAUGCAGGCAAGGUCUAUUGGAGACCAGCUGUACCACCAAUUGACCAUGGAUGAGGAAACUCUCAAUAUGGAUAUGGCGUGGGAGGUGGUAGACUGGUACAAACUGGCCAUUAUUAGGACCCGGGAGGUGACAGAAGUCGAGUUAGAGGCCUUGGCCCUGAGCAGGCUGGGAUGUCUAUACGAUAAGGUGCUAAAGAUGAAAGACAAGGCAAAGCGCUACCUUAUCAGAUCCAUGCAGCUGGCCCACAGCAUGCACCCACGAACUUUUACUAACGUUGACUGGUUUAAAGAGUGUUCCGACAUCCUGCAAGCGUAUCAGCGUGAGACAGUGUCAGUUGAGGAAGAGGAGUGGAACAAAGAAAAGGAGGAACUAAAGAAAGAGAUAAAGAAAGAACUUGCUGACCUCACCAAGGCGGAGAAGAAAGAAGACCUGGAACUGCUCGACUUUUUAUACAAGGAGUAUCCACCGAAGAAACCAAUCCACAAGAAAUUCUUCAAGAUCUCCAUGGCUCCAAAAACCGAUUAUUCCCAAAAAAAGGAGUACUACAAACAGGCUGUGGUGAAUUACCACCCGGAUCGUGCCGACGUAGAAAAAUAUGGCAAAAUCUGGAAGAUCUUAACAGAAGAGAUUACCAAGAUACUGACAAACCGAUACCAAAGGAUGAAGUGAUAAGUGUGGUUUUACACGGCAAAGCUGGAAAUAUCACCAAAACAAACACACAGAUUCGGUAUGGUGUAAUUUUGAAAAAGACACUACAUGAAAUAUAUGUCACGCCUCUGAAGACAACAGUGGCAGCAUUGGGACUUUUGUGGGAUUUUAUGUUCUUUUAUCAACACUGUGUUCAAGAAUCAGUCUUAAGCUACUUGAUUCUUGAAUUUGCUGUUCUAUAUAUUAUCUUCAUCUUCAAAAAACCUUUAACCAUAACUACAGCUGAUUUGAUUUUUUGUGUUAUAUAAUAUCUUCAUCUUCAAAACUUUUUACCAUAACUACAGCUGAACUUGUCAUAACUAUCAGCAUCGGUUGCAUAUGAGGGAAACAAUGAAAGUGAUUGAUUGAAAUAACAUUCUUCAAAAAAUGAACAGAAAGUGAGAAAACACCCAACAGUUCUAUAAAAGUAGAAUUUUACCAAAAAGAUAAACGUCUGAGAUUGAAACUAACAUUCCUGAAAGCUUUUUCCCAAUGCUUUGAAUUAGUUAGGUUAGCUCGUUGGGGGAAACAAUGUGAUUCAGUUACAUAAGAGUGAUGGAUGGCAGUUCCAGCUGUCAUUAUUUCACGCUGAAAACGACGAAUGACUUGGCAUUUUAUAUUUUUCGUUUUUCAUCAUCUUUUGUGUUCGUAUUCUAAUAAGAUUAUGUUGUGUAUUAUCAGUGCUAGAAAGUAAGGGUGGCCUGAUAGUCUGAGACGUGUGAAAUGUGCAGAUGGACUAGUGGUUCUAAAAAUUGCUAGCCUGAUGAUUGACUAGCCUGAUGAUUGACUAGCCUGAUGAUUGAUAUUUCUUCCCCUGUUGAAUAAUAUUGUGUUGGUGGAAUUUCUACAUGUACGAGCAAAAGUGGAAUCUACUAGCCUGUUUGACAAGUGGUUUUUAAAAUUAAUUUCUAGCCCUGAUAUUUCAUCCUUAUCAUAUAUUUUUAGUUUAGAUUAGAUGAGUUAACAGUAACUGUUGUCGACAUGAUUUUGUUUGUCUCUUAGGAGGACUAGUGGACUGUUAACAUUUUUUUUACUUGGAGAUCAAUGUUCUGUGUUUUUAUACGACGGUCAAAUUUGACGGUAGUAUUAUGGUAUGGCAUUGUCCUGUGUUUUUAUACGACGGUCAAAUUUGACGGUAGUAUUAUGGUAUGGCGUUGUCAAUCCAUCUGGCGUAAACUUUGUUUGUCCGGCAAUC